UUUGGUGAUGUGAUACAUUCUAACCUUACUUUAUCAUAAAAUAUGUAUUUUAUGUUGUAAAUGAACGAGCCUUUACUUUAGAAAUUAUCAGAAAGUAUUUAUGAAAUAUAUUCGUCGUAUAAACUGUACAACUAAUAACUUUUUUAACUUAUCAGCUGUGUUGUAAUCAUACAUUAUAAGCACCAUCAUGGUUCGAAAGAGGAAUGAAUUUGAUCAUCUCACGCUCGAGGAAAGAAAAGUUAUUACAGUGGCAGAAGUUGUCCAGGAGCUAAUUAAAGCACAACAAAAUAAGAAAGAUGUCAACUUAAAUGCUUUGAAACAUAAAAUUGCCUCAAAAUAUGGUAUUGAGACAACACCUCGAUUGGUAGAUAUUAUCGCAGCAGUGCCAAUAGAUUAUAAGAAACUUCUAGUACCAAAACUAAUGGCGAAACCUAUUAGAACCGCCAGUGGUAUUGCAGUAGUAGCAGUAAUGUGCAAACCACAUAGAUGUCCGCAUAUAAAUAUGACUGGAAAUAUUUGUGUAUACUGUCCAGGAGGUCCAGAUUCUGAUUUCGAAUAUUCCACUCAGAGUUACACCGGUUAUGAACCUACUUCAAUGAGGGCAAUAAGGGCUCGUUAUGAUCCUUAUCUGCAAACGAGACAUCGAUUGGAGCAACUAAAACAAUUAGGACAUUCCGUUGAUAAAGUCGAAUUUAUUGUUAUGGGGGGAACUUUUAUGAGCUUACCAGAGGAUUACCGUGAUUAUUUUAUUAGGAAUCUUCAUGAUGCGCUGUCAGGCCAUAAAAGUAGUUCUGUUGAAGAAGCUGUAAAAUAUUCCGAGAGAUCUAAUACAAAAUGCAUUGGUAUUACUAUAGAAACGAGGCCAGAUUAUUGUUUAGAAAGGCAUUUGUCUGAUAUGCUGAAGUAUGGUUGUACCAGACUCGAAAUAGGUGUUCAAUCUGUGUAUGAAGAUGUAGCUUUGGACACUAAUAGAGGACAUACUGUUAAAGCCGUUUGUGACACAUUUAAUUUAGCAAAAGAUGCUGGAUUUAAAGUCGUUGCCCAUAUGAUGCCAGAUUUACCCAAUGUUGAUCUAGAAAGGGAUAUUGAGCAAUUUAUUGAAUUCUUCGAAAAUCCAGCUUUUAGAGCUGAUGGUUUAAAAAUUUACCCCACUUUAGUUAUUAGAGGAACCGGUCUAUAUGAAUUAUGGAAGACUGGACGUUACAAGAGUUACCCGCCUUCUGUUCUCGUCGAUUUAAUUGCUAAAAUUUUAGCCUUAGUUCCUCCAUGGACUAGAGUGUAUAGAGUUCAAAGGGAUAUUCCUAUGCCCCUGGUCAGUUCUGGUGUAGAGCAUGGAAACCUUAGGGAAUUAGCACUCAGCAGAAUGAAGGAUUUGGGUUUAAAAUGUAGGGAUGUGAGAACUAGAGAAGUUGGUAUAACAGAAAUACACGAAAAAGUUCGUCCAAAUGAUGUGGAACCUAUAAGAAGGGAUUAUUAUGCUAAUGGUGGAUGGGAAACUUUUUUAAGUUACGAAGACCCUGAACAAGAUAUUCUUGUGGGGUUAUUGAGAUUAAGGAAAUGUUCAGAGAAAACAACGUACCGCCCAGAAUUAUUAGGAGGUUGCUCCGUAGUUCGUGAAUUACACGUCUAUGGAAGCGUGGUGCCUGUAAGUGGGCGAGAUGACACCAAAUUUCAGCAUCAGGGUUUUGGAGCGUUGCUCAUGAAUUGGGCAGAGCAAAUUGCCAUCAAAGAGCAUGAAUCUGUGAAAAUCGUCGUGAUUUCUGGUGUGGGGACGAGAAAUUACUACAGGAAAUUGGGAUACGAGUUAGAAGGCCCUUACAUGGUAAAAAGUUUAAAGUCUGGGGAAUACAAGAGCUCACUUGAAUUAGUUGAUGGAGAUCGUCUACAUCUCAGUGAAAACGCAAAUCCUCUGAUUAUAACGGAUGAUGAGGAUGAGAAAUGGUUGGAGGAAUUUGACAAAAAUUAUGCCGCACAGCACAAUGUCUCUUAAUAUAUGCGACUAAUUUAUAUGUAACUUGAGUUUAUGUUGCAACAAUAUUUAAUUUAAUUUGUUUGAAU